AUGGAGGCUUGUUGUCUUCUGCAGUUGCUGCAAAGGUUGCUCUUGCUGGGGGCAGCUGCCCUGACUGCAACUGCUUUGGAGACAGCCGACUUGGCGGACCUGUGCGGGCAGACGUGGCAGGGGGACGGGCUGCUGCUGCGCUCGCACGCCGCGUCGCGCGGCUUCUACUUCGUGGCUCCGGACACCGACUGCGCGCUCUGGGUGCAGGCGGCGGCCCCCGGCGACCGGAUCCGCUUCCAGUUCCGCUUCUUCCUGGUCUACAGCCUGACCCCCGCGCCCCCGGCGCUCAACACCUCCUCCCCGGCCCCGGCCGACCCGUGCGCCUCCGGAUCCUACCUGCAGUUCUACGAGGGUCCACCGGGGGCGCCCAGGCCCCUGGGGUCCCCCCUGUGCGGCCUGACCAUCCCGGUGCCUGUGGCAUCCUCCGGACCCUUCCUAGGCCUGCGCCUGGUCACGAGAGGCCGCCAGCCCCGCGUGGACUUCGUGGGCGAAGUCACCUCUUUCCGUCUGGGACCUUGUGGUGCCUACUUCCGAUGCCAGAAUGGCAGGUGCAUCCCCUCAAGCCUCGUGUGUGACCCCUGGGGCAUGGACAACUGUGGCGACGGCAGUGACCAGGGCUCCUGGUCACCAGCUGACUGCAGAGGUCCCUCUCCGGUGCCCAGCCAGACAGGAAGUACAGAUGCCCAUACCUCCAGACCCCCGACUCCCUCCCCAGCUCUUGGGUCUGCAGGAUCCCUCUGGAUUGCAGCUGAGAGGAGUCCCCCAGCAGGCAGGGACCCCACGAGACAAGAUGCAGCUUUGGAAGGCCCCCAGCUCCGAGGGGUGGCGCUGGCCUCCUCGAUGCUCCUGGCCUCUGCUGGCCUCCUCAUGGGCCUCCUCUGGUGCUGUUGCUCUCCCAGCUGGCUGGCCUGGCAACCUGAUGCCUGUGGCCUCUGCCUCCGCUGCAGCACAGCCUGUACCACGUGCUACCCAUGUCCCAGCCAGGUCUCCCCAGGGGGCUGCAGUUGAGUGGCCCAGCCUUCCAGGAUCAGGGAGGCCAUCCCUAGAGGGGCUUCGGGCACACGGGAAUGAGACUAGGCUCUGGGGUCAGACAGACUCUUUGGGUUCUAACUCCCUGGCUCUGUGUCUGAUGUUGGACAGGCCCCCUAACCCUCUGAGACUCAGCUGCCCCUCCAGAAAACAGGACAACUCCUGCCUCACAGGGUUGGGGGCCUGGGGGCCUCGCUGAUCCAAAGCCAGCUUGCUUCACCCACAGAUCUCACCUGCCCUGCUCUGCCCCACCCACAGGCUCCACUGAGUGAAGCCCUCAUCAAAGACACGGGAGGCCCCUGGCGGGGAUAGCACCGUUUAUUAAGAAAAAUCAAGACAAAGACCACAGGAGGGUCCCUUCUAGGACACAGAGGCCAGCCGUCCCAACCCCACAGUCUGGGGGCCACUGGCAGGAUGGCUCUUGGAUCUUCAGGCUCCCGCAGAUGGGGCAGGGUGGUCAUAUCCCCUUCCUCUCUCUCUCAGUCGUGAGUCCUGCCUUCCCCCACCUAAGGCACUAGCUCUUCCUGAGCACCAGCGGCGUCUGUACGUCCGAGGAGUCCCUGGGCCUUCACUUCCAGAUGGGUGGGGAGGUGGCCUGGGGUGGGCGGGGCCCGGUGGGCGGGGCCCUAUCAGUGCUGGGCUCUGCCUGUAGCAGCUCCUGGUAAGAGUUGGGGUGGGCCUUCCCUUACAGCCCCUGAGGGAGGGACCCCAGGCUGUGUGCUGGCAGGAGGGGGUGGGAAUGCAGGCCAGGAGGGUGUGGUAGGAGGGGGAGGCUGCCAGAGGAGGUGCCAGGGGCUGGGUGGAGGUGGGUGGGGGUGCUGAAAAAAGAGCUGGUGGGGAUGCGGACCAUCUGCCCACGGGUGAGCUGCCUUUUGCUCCACAGCCAGCACUAAAGACAAUUCCCAAUCCUGAGUGGGUGGCAGAGACUCCUGCGAUGCC